GGCUGGCGGGCUUAUCGAACAUCAAAGACAAGAAAUCGCGAGUAGGAUGAAUGGUAGUCCGCUGUUAAGCCGGCUACAGUAGUAAUCCAGUGCAACGGCGAGCGGUAUCGCGCGGAGAGACAUGUCAUCGGUCGAAACUCUCGUCCUUCUGGCGGUCGUUCUGUCAGCGUACGCGUAUCCACAAAACACACUGCUGAACGAUGUGGAAACGGUCAUCAAAUCCGUGUUCAAGAUUGCCCGUGAACCGGCGACGUUCAAUUUAUAUACCAGGGAAAAUCCAUUUGGUGAGGAACAGCUGCUUUUAAACAACACCGAAGUUCUUUACGCAUCUCACUUCAACGAAAGUCGUCCAACGAAGUUUAUUAUUCAUGGAUUUAGCGACACCGGAAACGAAGUCUGGGUACGAGGUUUGAUAGACGCGUAUUUACUUCAUGAAGAUGUGAACGUGAUAGUGGUUGGCUGGGGUGGCUUGGCAGCUGAUGUUUAUCAAGUGGCAGCAAAUAACACGCGACGUGUGGGCGAAUAUCUCGGAGAUUUUCUAGAAUUUCUAAAUCGCGAAUCAAAUCUUGAGUAUAAGGAUGUUCACAUUAGUGGUCACAGCUUGGGUUCACACGUAGCCGGAUUUGCUGGAGCUUAUUUGGACGGACGUAUUGGUAGAAUAACGGGCCUAGAUCCAGCUAGUCCAUUGUUCGAGACGAUUUCCGGGAUUGUUGAUCCAGAAUUCAGAUUAGAUCCAACCGAUGCACAAUUCGUGGAUGUAAUUCACACGAGUGGACCUGCAUUUGGAUUUUUAGCUCCACUUGGUCAUGCCGAUUUUUAUCCUAACAACGGAAAGUUUCCACAGCCUGGAUGCUCGUUUCUACCAACUAUAACUUAUUGCAGCCACUCACGAGCGCAUCAAUUUAUGACGGAGAGCAUAGGCAGUACAGCUGGUUUCAAGGCAAGAGCUUGUGAGAGUUGGGAGAAGUAUAAAGAGGGACGUUGCGAUUAUAAUCCAGUUGUACUGAUGGGAGAAUACGCGUCCACUUCCUUACGAGGAAAGUUUUACUUAACAACGAACGGCGCGCCUCCGUUCGCGAUAGAGUAAAUGACGAUGAGCACUAAACUUGGAACGACUCUCGGUGGUGGCGAUCGUGUGUUUGCGACGUUAAAAUGAUCUGUACUAGUCAUUUACAAGUUACUUUAUUUAUGCAGCGUGCGCAGUUUUAUUCGAAUUCUCUCGUUUUUUUUUUUUCUUUUACAUAAAUCGAACGAACGAGAUCGAAGUUGGUAGUGAAGCGCUAUCGUUUCAUGUCGUGCAUGAAAAGUACAAAUUAUAUUAAUUAAAAUGGCACGUUCUGACAACACUUUCUCUCGUUCGCGUACUUUUGCAGAAUGAAACGAAAAUAAACGUUACAUUGGUUACUUCGAAAUUUGUGUACUUUGUCACUCGUCAUAUGAAUAUCAUUAUGAUAUCCAGAAAUAACAACGGAUCAUAAACGUGGACGUUUAUGAAGAAUGUAAACGGUUGUUAUAUUAAUAAUUCAAGGUGGUUGCGAUUAAUAAAUGUAGAAAUACAAUAUUAACAAGAUCAUGGAAUAUUCAUAAAGAAUAUCUGCGCAAGACCGAUCGAAUGUUACAUUGAGAACGUUCCUUCGAGAGAUAAUUCUAUACAAUGAAUCAAGCGUAUUUCUUGUUGCUCUUAACGCUGCAAUUAACGGCUAUUUUGUGUGUUAAUGAAAAUAAUAUUAUCCGUGAUUACUUUGCGUUCAGAAAAGUAGAAAGGAUUGUGGGAUUCUCUUGCGAUAAUAUUGAAAGUGCGUAGCGAAUGUAUUGUAUAAAUGUUAUUUUAAUUCGAAUCAUACAAGAUGUUAUUUUUAUUCUGUAAAAAGCAGAUAAUUUUAAACUUGCAAAAACGUUUAACAAUAUGUACACCACGUAUAUUCCAUUGUUGAACUCUACGGCUGAAUCGCGAUUAGAUGUGAAGAAACUUUUAGGAGCAGAGUAUCAUCGGUUGGGUGUCUUCUUGGAUUCUCGAUGCAAUCGU